UUCCACUUCCGGGAGCAGCCGACAAGGCUCGCUAGCGCCGAAGAAGAAACGAACCUGAAGCUGAAUUAAUUUUCUUCGUGUGCUGAUUUGAACUACGAGUGUGGGUGUAAAUUUGCGGGUAAUGUACUGUAACGCAGUGGCAAAUGUCCAAGGCAGGACAUAGCUGUCACAGAGAAGACACAACAAGAGGGUGUUCCUGCAGAGUCCUGUCCACUGGUUGCUGGCGUUUUUAUUUUAUUUUUACUGUAAUACAGACACUUUGAGGCAUCUGCUGUGUAAACUUACCAAGCCUGUGUUGCUUCCUGCUCUUGCGUGGCAGUGAAUUAACGUGAGGAGCUAAAGAGAUGGACCAAAACAACAGUAUACCAGGCUUCCAGGGACUGGCCUCCCCUCCGGGUGCGAUGACCCCAGGCAUGCCCAUGUUCAGUCCUAUGAUGCCAUAUGGCUCGGGCCUGACACCCCAGCCUGUCCAGAACACCAACAGUUUGUCUAUACUGGAGGAACAGCAGAGGCAACAACAGCAGCAACAGCAACAACAGGCACAGCAAGCAAAUACAGGCCUUCCUGGAACGUCAGGGCAGACCCCUCAGCUUUACCAUUCCCAGGCGGUAGCGGGCUCGACCACCACAGCACUGCCAGGGAAUACCCCGCUCUACAACACCCCGCUGACCCCCAUGACCCCUAUCACACCCUCCACACCAGCCUCAGAGAGCUCUGGGAUAGUACCACAGCUACAAAACAUAGUAUCUACUGUAAAUCUGGGCUGUAAACUGGACUUGAAGACCAUUGCCUUGAGAGCCAGGAAUGCAGAGUACAACCCAAAGCGUUUUGCUGCAGUCAUCAUGAGAAUACGAGAACCCAGGACCACUGCUCUCAUCUUCAGCUCCGGGAAGAUGGUUUGCACUGGAGCCAAAAGUGAGGAGCAGUCGAGGUUAGCUGCCAGAAAAUACGCUCGUGUGGUGCAGAAGCUCGGUUUUCCUGCAAAGUUCCUGGACUUCAAGAUUCAGAACAUGGUGGGAAGCUGCGACGUGAAGUUCCCCAUUCGGCUGGAGGGAUUAGUCCUCACACAUCAACAGUUCAGCAGCUAUGAACCGGAGCUGUUUCCAGGACUGAUUUACAGAAUGAUCAAACCCAGAAUUGUCUUGCUCAUCUUUGUCUCUGGGAAAGUUGUACUCACAGGUGCCAAGGUGAGAGCAGAGAUCUACGAAGCAUUUGAAAACAUCUACCCCAUCCUGAAAGGCUUCCGCAAAACAACGUAGAACCUUUAGCUCCAUCUUUUAUCAUCUCCCCAACCCUGUCUCUUUUUACUCAGAUUUUUAUAUAUGUUGAUAUACAAGUGGACUGCUGUAAGGGAUGUGAGUCAUCCUUUUUUAGUUUUUGACCCUGUGUGUGUGUAUAUACAUAUUUUUUUUCUUUGGCCAUGUUCUGAUCACAAGUGGUGGUAUAUUUUACACACAGACCUCCAUUUCUAUGGAACCUUUUCUCUGUUAUUGCCCACUUAUUUUCAGCUUGUUCUGUUGUCCUUAUCACAUCCCUGAUUGUAUAUAAGACUGUAAAGAAAUGUAAAAAUCACUGAUGAGAAGCAGUCUGGCAAGGACUGUAUUUUGUUUUUUAAGCUGUUUUAAAUAGUUUUGUACAUUGCAUUUGUAUUCAUUGUCUGCUCGGUCCCCAAGUUGUUCUAGAUGUGUUUGGGUUAGUCAGCCCUGCAUUCCAUUGAACAGUAUUUGCUAAGAUUUUAGUUGGAGAGAGAAGUGAGUCUGCUUUUUGAGUUUUAUCUUCCUACCCUUACAUUCACAUCACACAUUCUGAUACGAGACGUAGUAUCGUCAAGUCUGUUGACUGAAGUUGGAUGAUUUUAAAUUUUGAAUUGACAGAAGUUAAACUAACUUGAUCCAAGUUGGUUAGUUCUUCAAGGUUCGUGUCUCUUGAUUUGGGUUCCUGAUAUAUUUGUACUUAUUAAAAAUCAACCAGAACCAAAACGUUAAGAAAAGACAUGCGUUGCCUAAAACUUAUCUUCACGUCUUGCAUCUUACAUUCACUAGCACUAAGAGAUGAUGGCAGAUAAACUAUGCAUCAUGUUGCCAUGUUUAUGUAUUGUUUAAAAGUUUUCUUAUCUAUUUUGUGGCCAUUUUAAAACUAUAUUUAAAAGUUAUCUUUUGAAGAAUAAUUAUUGAGGCAAAUGUGUGAUUCUGAGCUCAUCAGUGGCUGAUCAGGAGACCAGGAAUCCCCGUCACAUUUAAAUACAAUUCUGCUUCUUCUGAAAAUGUUAAGUGCUGCAGUGUGCAUUAAUAAAUGUAAACAUACAGACUC